AUGGCGGCCAAAGACCGCGACACAGUCCUCGAGCUGGCAGACCUCACGCGCCAGCUCGCCACGGCCCGCUCCCUCCUCACCUACGAGCAAACCUGCCACACCACCACCCGCCUCGACGCCGCCGAAUCUCAGCGGCAGCAGCGCGUCCGCCUCCUGCACCUCGAGCCGCAACACGCGCUCCUCCUCGCCGACCACAACCACGAGAAGGCCUACUCCGCGACGCUCGAGAAGCACGCCCAGCACGCGGAGGCCCGCAUCGCCGAGCUCGAGGCGGGCAACAGCGAGCUGGAGGCAGCCAAGGGCAAGCUCCAGAAGCAGCUCAAGGGGCGGCUGCUCGAGCAGGGCACGGCACAGGGCGCGCGGGAGGAGCAGACGAGGGAGCUGGAGGAGAUGAAGGGCCGGUGUGCGGAUCUGGAGGACGAGAUUGCGGGGCUUAAGCGGGACGUCGCAGCGGCGCAGGGCCGGGCAGCAAAGGCGGAGAAGGAGCACGGGAAGCUGCAAGCCGCGCACAAAGACCUCGAAAAGACGCACAAAGACCUCGAAAAGGCGCACAAAGACCUCGAAAAGACGCACAAAGACCUCGAAAAGGCGCACAAAGACCUCGAAAAGACGCACAAAGACCUCGAAAAGACGCACAAAGACCUCACCAAGACCCACCGCACACAGACCGCCGCCCUGUCCACCCUCACAUCCGAGCACGCCACCGCCCUCGCCGCCGCCGAAUCCAAAGCCGCCGCCGAGCUCGCCGACGCCCGCGCCACCAUCGCCGCCCACAAGACCGAGCUGCACACGCUCGAGGCCAAGCUUCAGGACCACGUCGACCGCCUCGCAAAGGCGCUCACCUCCAAGGCCGCCACCAAGACAGCGCUCGAGUCCGAGCUGGCCACGCUGCGGCUCGAACUCGACGACGCGCAGAAGGCCGCUGAAGACGCUGCCGACGCCCGCGCGGCGCGGAAGGAGGCGGCGUCCCUCGAGAAGCAGCUGUCCGCGCUGCGCGCCGAGCUCGACGCCGCGCGAAAGGCCCCGCCACCAGCAGCAGCAGCAAAAGACAAAGACACCGCCGCGGCACUCAAGCGCGAGACCAAGCUGCGCGAAAAAGCCGAAUCCGAGCUGGCGGCGCUGACCGCGCAGCACGCCACAACACUCACCCAGCUCGAGACCACACGCGCCAAGCUGGCCGCCGCCAAGGCCAAGAAGGUGACUCUCCCCCCGUCCUCCUCCGCCGCGGACGACAGCAAGAAGCGCCCCGCGGCCGCAACAACACUCACGAUGGCGGACCUGGAGCACUCGGCCAAGCGGCCGCGGAAGGAGGGGCCCAAGGUCAGCGACUUUAGCAUCACGCCGUUCCUGCGCAAGACGGCGGCCGUGGCGAGUGAUGACCCGAGUACGCCGACAGGGGGGGCGGGAGGGGAGACGACCGCGGAGAUGGAGGCGGGGGAGAGUAGUGUGGUGGUGCCGGCGGUGGUGGAGAGCUCGUUGCCGACACGGAUGCUGCUCGCGGGGGCGGCGAGGAAGAGGAAGGCGGCUGCGGCGGUGGAGGCGGCGGUGCCGGUGGUGGAGGAGGCGCCGAGUCCGGAGCCGGAGCUGGUGAAGAGGAAGGGGAAGAAGCCUGUUGCGGAGAAGGUGGUGGAGAGGGAGAGGGAGAGGGAGAGGGAGGUGGGGAUUUUCGAUUCGCCGAGCUCGCUGCCGGUGCCGGUGAAGGUCAGGAAACCAGCUGAGAAGAAGCCCGCUGAGAAGAAGCCCGCUGAGAAGAAGCCCGCUGAGAAGAAGCCUGUGGAGAAGAAGGAGAAGGCGGUAGCAGCGAUGGCGGAGAAGAAGGAGAAGAGCAAAGACAAGAAAGAGAAGGAGAAGGAGAAGGAGAAGGAGAAAGAGAAACCACUCAAGGGCAAAGGCAUCAUGCCGACCGUCUUCGACGAAGACGACGGCACGGGGCGGCUGGUCAUGAAUACCGAGGCGCAAGAGAAGGAGAAGGGGGUCGGGUUGGGGGCGGGCAAGGGGAAGGGGCUGGACGCGGCGGAUGCGGGGCUGAUGUUGGUGCCUGUCGUCAGCGCGUUUAAUCGCGAUAUCAGUCCGGCGAAGAAGAGGCCUGAGGCGCUGAAGAAGCUGUUUGCGGGGAAGUGGAAGUAG